AUGGGUCGAAUCCCUUCCUCACGCUCUUUCCACUACUUUCUGAUAGCCCUAAUAAUUCUUACCAUAACUCUCUACUUCAAAUUCUUCUUCUACACCGACGCAGAAGGAAACUCGACAUUUUCCUUUGGCUCUCCGACACCAUAUUGCAACAACGUCCAGCAGGCGCCAGAAAUUGUAGGGGAAGCUGUGAAAUUUCCGGAGGUGACGCCAACCACAAAGACGAUAACUGUUACCACAACCGCCACAGCGACGCUGACACCGAUUCCUACAUUGGCACCAGUAUUAGCUGAUGCUCCGAAUAAGAAUCUCGAACCUGCGUACUGUAAUUACUGCACGUCUACGGAUGAACUUUGUAAACGAUAUGGCUCCUUCAACCUUGCCCGCUCUCGCGCCUACGAAGGCCCCAACGCCCGUCUUAAACGCGUUAUUCGGAAAUUACGCUCUGGACAGAAGAUCAAAAUCGGUAUCAUCGGCGGUUCCGUCUCAAAGGGGCAUGGUUUGACAGACCGUCGACAUAACUGGUCUCAUAUUUACGCUGAAUACAUACGGGAAACGUUUGCUAAAUCUACCUCAUCCGAUGCCGCCAAUGUCGAGGUAGAGCUGAUCAAUGGCUCUGUCGGUGCGACGGUCAGUGAGUAUAUGGAGACGUGUUUUAGUGAACAUAUACCGAAGGAUGUGGAUCUGGUGAUUAUUGAGUUGGCGAUCAAUGACCAGCGGUUGGAUGUGUUGGCGAAGGGGUAUGAAAAUCUUAUUAGAGCAAUUUUUGCGCUGCCACUUAGGCCUGCGAUUAUUAAUGUUCAGGUCAUGGCACUUAUGUUCGCGACUAUUACGAUGGGUGGUGACCUUCACACCGCUAUAGCUGAAUACUACGAUACUCCUGUUAUUAGCAUCCGUAAUGUUAUACUUCCUCACAUCCUACGAUCCACUCAACUCGACUCCUCCGAUACCUCUGUCGAAGAUUACUGGUUCGAGCACGAUUCUAAUGGAAUCGACCUCCGUCAUCUCGGUCUACACGGCCACCGCAUGCUUGGCGACCUCCUUAGCUCCUUCACCUCCCGCGUUGCAUGCGAAGCAUGGCGCGAAGAACAAAUCCAACAGAGUAGUUCCCACAACGAAGAUCCUACCAACGACGUCGUCGGAGGCUGGGACUGGGCUCCUUACGAAAGCGACCGCUAUAACGGUCUUACGCCAAGCCUACCUAACCCCAACGAAGGCGAAUCCGUCUCUGAAUAUAUCCCUCGUCAAUCCCUAUUUCAAAAAUACGACCACACCACCAUCCUCCGACCCGCUACACCAUUUUGUCGGACGACCAACACCCUUGCGGGGACAGCGUAUUAUUCACCGUAUGCUCAUUUGCUCGAGCCCCUGCCGGCGCCGUUGUCGACUGAAGGACCGGAUGCUUUUGCAAUGUGGAGUCAUCCGCAGAAUCCGGGGAAGGUGUGGUUGACUGCGAAGAAGCCGGGGGUUAAGGCGGCAUUCAAUGUACAGACCAGUGCGCUGGGGAGGGUGAGGGUAACAUAUUUGAGGAGUGGGAGUUAUGGACUGGGGAGUGUCUGGUGCUGGCUUGAUGAUAAUCGAGAAAAAGGGAAAAGGUUAGAUGGGUAUUGGACUUUGAAGGAUAUCCAUGUUGCAAACACACAUGCAAUUGUUGAGGAUGCUACACCUGGUGAACACAUCCUACACUGUGAGAUCAUGAAAGAAACCAAAGAUCCUGGAGGUGGAACUGAAUUUAGGAUAGUUGCUGUGGAUGCUUUGUAG